AUGGCUGUGCGACUUUGCGAUUCGUGUCGUGCAUUCGACAUUCAGGCUUUUGACCCCGCCAAGUGCAGAGUAAGGGGAUACAAACUACUCUCAGUCAUCACUGCUGCCAAAUCUGGCUGUCCGUUCUGUUCCCUGCUCCUCAAAGCGCGAUUUUCCCGGGCACCGAAGGAAGGGAUAAUACCAACCCUCCUUUGUUGGUUGCAGUGGAUUUAUUUGCAACCUGAUGAGGAGUGGAAGCAUCGGUUGGAUACUCAAUUCCAGGACGACAGUCAUACCACCUCCAGCGUCGGCACUCCACUUGGGCUUGCUAGGUUGUGGGCAAGUAGCUCCAGUCCCGGAUAUCGAAUAUCUUACCGAUCCAUCCCUCUAAGCCCUUUCCAGAUCCUAGCUGAUGAAGGGUCUCCUGCAGCCGUCAGCGGUGACGUAUCGGGACGACUACUGAGCUCAGAAACAUCAUCUGAUGAUCACGUACGGGUGCUGUCGCGAUGGCUUGAACAGUGUCAAGAAACCCACGAGGAAUGCCGACUAUCUUUAUCGGGCUCGCCUUUGCUAAACCCGGAGGUCACUGACCUUCCAAACCGCUGCAUUGAAGUCAGCCGUAACAGCGAUGGGAUGAGAGAACUCAGAUUGAAGGAAACUGGUGGUCGACGAGGAAAAUAUAUCACGCUCACCCAUCGCUGGAUUCAGCCAGACACCGCCAACGCCUCCACUGUACUGACCAACUACUAUGACAGGCUUCGUGGAAGAGCGUUAGACCAUCUCCCCGCCCACUUUGAGGAUGCCUUUGAUCUUGCAAUAAGGAUGAGUAUCCCUUUCGUAUGGAUUGACUCGCUUUGUAUCAUACAAGACAGUCAACAGGACUGGAUAAUAGAGGCUUCCCAGAUGGCGAAGUACUACCAAAACUCACUCUUUACUGUUGCCGGUUUUGGCGUUACUCGAGACACAGGAUUAUUCGCAACUGCUGUUCAAGACCAUGGUCCCAAUCUUGUCCGGCUUCCGUAUAGAGACCGACAAGGCGAUCAAAAAGGCUACUUUUAUGUAUGUCAUGUCGACCAUUCGGAAGUCAAGAAACAGUAUGACAGUGAAAUCGCCCAUUCCGAUUUAUUGAGUAGGGGUUGGAUCUUCCAAGAGUGGGUGUUGAGUAGACGCGUUAUCUGCUACACCAGAACGGCCUGUUUCUAUCAGUGCCAAAGGACCAGUCCGCAAACCACAACUUCAAAUGAUGUCAACUUGAACAUACUCACCGACAAACAUGCUGAUAUCUCCCUCAAGAAUCAUUUUAGGAUUGAUUCUCUAAAGUUAGUGGAGACUGUCUUUCUAAGGUGGAGAUUUGCUGUGCAUACUUAUUCUUCUUUGCAUCUUACCAAGGCUGGCGAGGACAGAUUGACCGCACUUGCUGGUAUCUCCCAAGAGUUUGCCAUAGCCAUCAAUCGCUCAAUAGACAAGAAAGACUAUUGGCAAAGUUUUUAUCUAGCGGGACUAUGGGCUGGGGAUAUUGUAGUGGGCCUCUUAUGGGAAAUGGAUGGGGCCUGUUCAGACAAAAGACUGAGUGGGAUUCCUACAUGGUCUUGGGCAUCAGUUGUGAAGCCUAUCGUGUGGCAGCAUGACCAUCGCGAAAUAUCUUCGGGACUUAUCGGUCAAACCAAAGGGCUUUGCGAACUCCUUGGUGCGAAGAAAACCUCGGUGGAGGAGCAAAUUUCAGCUUUUGAACACGACCUUACCAGAGAUGCUGACCUAAAAAGUCAAGUUGUUCCAGCGGAACAAUUUGUUACACCGCAGUUCAAUACCCUUGUCAUGCAGGGAAAGCUUCUUCGUCUCAGAAUCAGUGGCUUAUUCGACUCAGACUCAGACCUGGAAAUCGCAGCCACCUUGUCAGGUUAUGAGAUCGAACCGAAACACAAUUUACAUACAGGGUUUACGACAGUUCCUGGGACACGGACACGAGAGUAUUGGAGGAAGAUAAGCCUUUCUCAGUUUCCGGAAAUUCUUUGCGGAUGGGCAUCGGUCGAUGACUUGGUUGCAAGCUCGGAGCCCAUACUGCAAGAUGUCGUUGCUUUUCCACUCACGAAGACAACUGUGGACUUCCCGGGGUUUGGUCUCGGUUAUUGUUGGUCUUCGUACCAGGUGUACAGUGUUCUUCUACUCCGACGGAUAGCAGACGGUUCAUCUUGUUUCGAGAGGAUUGGGGUUGGGAGGAUCUUUGGGCUACAGAUAGAGGACCAGUUGAAGUCAGUAACUAAAACAACCUUUUGGCUGGUCUAA